UCUAUGACUAUGUUUGAGUUUGUUGACAGUUAUUUUAUUUGAAUUAAUUUCAGUUUUUAGUUUUUUUCAGGUAUUAUGGAGAAGAGCUUCGACUUUGGGAGGCUGCUGAAGAAUCAUGAGAAGAAACACAAGAGUAAACCGUCACAGUUCGGCAGCGUAGCUGGUGGGGUGUGUGUCUAGAAUUUAUAUAAAUCACAAAAUUGUUGUUAUCAUGAUGCAUGGGGUAGAAUCCUCCCGUAAUAAUAAACUUGUGUUGCAGGUCCAGAAGCGGCUGGAAAACAACUUGAAAUACAGAAAGAGCAGCCGUCUGACUGUGUUUGAUAACUUGAGGAACUUGUCCAAAUGUGAGAGUCCAGCUCCAGUGUCCAAUGUGCAAUCCAAAGUGGAACACAGGAGGCAGCAGCUGGAGAAAUGGAAGGAGGAAAAGGAGAAAAAGAAAAGAGAAGCUGCUUCACAGAAAAAGAAACCAUUUGUGGCUGGAGUGCCACAUGCACCACUCAAGUUUGUGCCGCCACCUCCUCCUCCAAAACCAAUGCCGAGUACAUCUGGCAGGGUGACACGGUCACAGUCAGCCAGGAAUAGUGUUAAACCAAAAGAAAACAAGGAGCUAAAGGCUGCAUCACAAUCAUUUGCACCAAAAAAUGCAGCAUUUAAACCACCAGAAAUAAAAACUUUGGCAAAAUUACCAAAAUUACUUGCUCCAAAGGCAAAGAAAGACAAGAAACAUAAUAUAACAUUUGAUCCUGUGCCACCUAACAGUCAGAAGGAGUCUGCCAAACAGACAAGAUCUAAAACUGUGAAACCAACUGCUGCAGAGGUGAAACCUGUGCGCAAGCAAACUGAGAGAGCAACCAAAGGGAAAGUGGGUAAACCAGUUGCUAAACCAAAUAAGGCAUCAGUAGCUGUUCAGCAACAAAGCACUUCAUCAACAAAUGAAUCAGAUUCAAAUCAGGAAUUUUCUCCAAUCCUGACAAGUAGAAUCAGAAAGUCUUUACCGGCACCAAGUUCACCUCAAGUUGUUGCCAAACCUUCCCGGAGGUCUACACCAAAUGUCACACCAAAUAGACCCGUUCCGAGGAGUGAAUCUAGCUCUGAGGAACGGCUGCGGUCUCCUAAGUCUUUGGAUGACAUUCAAAUGACUCCGGAGCAGAUAGCUGAAGAGGUGAAGCACAUCAGUCCUUGUGUCACCAUGUCUCGGGGCAAGGACAAUGCGAGGAAGGAGAUGAAGAAGAAGCUGGAUGAGGGGCUUCUGGACGAAGAUGCCAGCCACAUGGAGAGUGUGGACCAUUUCCGGCGCCAGCUGGCCUCUGAAAUCAAGCGUAUGACUGAGAUGUGCGAGACUUGGGACAAGAUUUCAGAACAGACUGUACUACCAGAGUCUGUUCAGGAGGCAGUGCUGUCGGCAGUAGGCCAGGCGCGGCUGCUGAUGUCGCAGAAGCUGCAGCAGUUCGCGUCGCUGGUGGAACGCUGCGCGCGCCCCGAGCCCGGCACCGCGCUCAUCACUCCCGCAGACCUACACGGUUUCUGGGACAUGGUAUUCAUGCAGGUUGAAAAUGUUGACAUGAGGUUCAAGAAGUUGGAAGAGUUACGUCUCUGCGGCUGGGUGGAGGACAAACCUGUUGAGGUGAAGAAGAAGGUGGUUAGACCCAAUGCAAUCGCGAAGAAAGCAGCGAAGCCCACUGGUGGCCCCAGCAGAUUGAGGGAGAUGAUUGCUGCUGCAAGAAAAGCCAAGAAGGAGCAAGAGGAGGUUGUUCAGGUGACAUUGCAGCCGCCUGCAGAGGACAGCAAGACAUUCGAGGCUGGCUUCUUCAGCGUGCGGUCACCAGUACGAUCCCCGGCACGGACCUCCCACUCGCCCGCACCACGCACUCCCGCCAGCAAGAACAGCUUGCUCAAAGCUGUGCUCUCCAGUGAAGCUAAGAAGGCUUCAGCCAGCAAGAAUUCUGCUUCCUUUGCGAUGUUGCGCGCUUCAGUAUUUGGCAAGAAUGUAGAGUGUGAAGGAAUCGCAUUACUGCCGCAAACUCCAACACCGUUGACUCCUAUCAAUCUGUACGCGACUCCAGGCCGCAGUAUACUCAAAGGAGCCAACACCAACACAAACAACAAGUCCACCAGGAAGUCCAUCAAAAUGGUGCUGUUCAACCGCUCCGACACCGACAUACAGGACGUGUCCUACCGCACGCCGGAGAGCGAGAUAAACGAAGACAAACCUCAAGAAAUACAAAUGGACAGUGGCAUUUCUUCUAUGGACACAGAGAAAAAUGAGAACAAGGAAAAUUCUAGAAGGAAGUCCAAGCUGGUGAGGCAGGACGCUGAAGACAGGAGUCCUGUGCUGACGAGGAGUAGACGCAAGAGUAUGAACACUACUGUCGACGAGGAUGUCAAUACUCCGCGGAGGUCGUCGCGCAAGAAGGUGCUCCACGAGUCUGAGGAUAAUACGAUCGAGGAGAAACCGAAGCGGUCGACCAGAAGACGUAAGAGUGGGGUGCAAGUGCAGAACUGAUGUCAGUGGACCUCCAGUAGUGGCAUGUUGUUGUAGCCAUACAGCUAUGUUAAUAGCGCAUGUUAAUUAUUGACUUUAUUACGUUUAGAGCUUUAUUCACUAGGAGUUGCGUAGAUGUUAACGUCACAUAUUGGAUGAAACGUGAUAUUUUAUCUUCGAUUUCAAAAUCAUGACUUAUCAUCUUUUUAAAUUGAAAUCGAUACUUUAAUUUUCACUAAUUACUAUCGAAAAUGAACUUGAAAACUCACUUUGUACAUCAAAGUGAUGUUUUUACUUGAGUGUGAGAAGCCGCGCUCAAAGUGCAACGAAAUUACGCCAGUGAUAGCAUUAUUAUAGGACUUAUAAUAGUAACUAAUACUAGUAGUAAAUAAAAUACCAGGUAAUUAGAGGCAGGUGAAGCUCAGACAGAGGCCAAAAUCUAUAUUUUUAUAAUAUUUGUAUUUUAGCUUAUCAUAGAGGUUCCAAAGACAAAGCAGGGGUCUUAUAGUUGUAAAGGUUCUAGGAAAUCUCAAGAUUUCAAUUAACUUUCGUUGUAAUAAUACUUGUAUCUUAUUUAGUGGAAAAUGUUGCAAAUGAUCAUGUUUAAUGGUACAUUUUGGAGAAUGGUAGUGUGAACGAGGAGUAAUGUGAUUUUAAUUAAUUUGAUCCAGUUUCUGUAGAUGUAAUUGUUUGUUUCUUUUAUUGGUGAGGUAGUCUCUGAGAAAGUGCCUUUUGAAUUAAAUUCAACAUUUCAAUUGUUUGAGAAAUUGAUUUUAUUUGGGGACAUGAUUAAUUGUAUGGUUAUGUAUACCUGUUUGGAUAUAUUCUAAGUUAAUUAAAAUGGGUCGAUUAAUAUAUACAGAUUUGCACUGCAGUGUUACUAUCAAAUCCAAUCUCUAAUGUGGAAUUCCCAUUGGGGAUUCUCCCGUGCCAUAACCCUUCCCAAAGUACCAGUGUGUGUCUUUAAAAAUGUAGUAAGAGGCUGCCUCGGUUUGUGUUAAGUUAGUUUAUGUCGACUAUGUGUGUGAUGUGUGAAGUAUGCCAUGAUUAUUGUACAAUAAUAGUAAUUAUACAAAGUUAUUAAUAAA